AUGAGCCUAAUACUUUUUCUAUUGCUUUUCGGCAUUCAUCUCACGCAUGGAGCCGUCAAUAUGUAUCAGAGCAAGGAAAAAGUAGAUGUAUUUGUAAAUAAAGUUGGCCCGUACGCGAACAUUCAUGAAACCUAUCAUUUCUACAGUUUGCCGAUUUGUCGCCCGGAAAAGAUUAUUCACAAAUCUCUAUCACUUGGACAAGUGUUAGAGGGUGAUCGAGUGGCUGAGAGCACUUACAUCAUACAUUUUGGAGAGAAUAUGGCUAGAGGCUCACUAUGUGGUGACGUUGCGCUCGACUUAGCCGACACUGAGCGACUCAUUCGAGCAAUUGAAGAGGAUUAUUACUUUGAGAUUAUUAUAGAUGACUUACGAGUUCGCAACUUUCUCGGUUUCAUCGAGGAAUCGAAACAAGUUUUCCCGCACAUUCAUCGAAUAUUUCUUUACACUGAAUCAAUCAUCUCUUUUGAGAUCAAUGAGAAGAAUCAGAUCAUCAACAUUGAUCUAAAAAUGGUUCACGAAAGCGCUGUCGAGAUCGAAGAGGGAAAAGGGUUCAGUGUAGACUUUCAGUAUUCCGUGAAAUGGAAUAAAACAAACAAAACCCUCUCUUCCCGUCCAUCCGAUGGCCAAGUUCUCUUCUCGACUCGUUCCAUGCACAUCCAUUGGCUUUCCGUUAUCAAUUCGGUCUUGCUGGUCUUGUUGUUGAUCAUGUUUGUUGCGUUGAUCUUGUUCUCUGCUGUUCGCCGAGAUCUUGCACAAUAUAAUGAAGGUGAUGAGCAAGAUCUACUAAUGGAUAAUGGAUGGAAAACCGUGGCAAUGGAUGUGUUCAGAAAACCGAAACAUCCAAUGUUAUUAUCAGCGAUUCUAGGAGUCGGCACACAAUUCCUGAUCAUCACUUCGAUCAUCCUAAUCAUUGCCUCAUUCAAUAUUCUCAAUCUUCAUCGACACGGAAUGCUCAAUACAAUAUUAAUCUUUUUGUAUGCAUUGACAAGCUUCAUUGCGGGUUUUGUUUCAUCCUCGAAAUACGCUCAAUUGGAUGGGAAAAAUUGGAUAGUAAAUGUGCAUCUAACGAUGGGCCUUUUUGCGGCCCCAAUGAUCACUGUUUGGACGAUCAAUAAUUCGGUGGCUUGGGUGAAUAACUCGACGCAGGCUCUUCCCUGGACGACGGUGAGCAUCGUUUUACUGAUCGCUCUCAUCAUCGGCUAUCCGCUAGCGAUUAUGGGAGCGAUUUUGGGAAGCAGUCUCUCCAAAAAGUACGAAGCACCGUGCAGAACGAGGAAUGUUCCUCGUCAAAUCCCGGCACUUCCCUGGUAUCAUUCGACCCCAUCCUUUUGCAUUGUCGCUGGAUUUUUACCGUUCAGUGCAAUCUCGGUCGAACUCUACUAUAUCUUUUCGACGAUUUGGGGAAGAGAGACCUACACCUUGUUCUACAUGUUAGCCAUUGUUUUCUGCAUUGUACUUUGGGUGACCGCCUCGAUCUCAAUCGGCCUUACAUAUUCUCAAUUAAACGCUGAGGAUUAUCAUUGGUGGUGGAGAUCGAUUUUCAAUGGAGGCUUUGUUCAAUUGAUCAAAUUAUUCGCAAUUCAUAAGAGAAUUUGUUUAUUUCCUUGUGCUCAACAGAGCAAUCAG